CAGAACGACGAUCUUCCCAAGGGAUGCCAGGAUGGUAACACCUGGUGUCGGGUGUUCAUACCAACUGUCGCACACUGGGCUGGUGGAGAAGCUGAGCCUUGGGGUCCUGAAGACGACGAUUUAAGAGACACCAUGCAAGAGAUGUGGAACCAUAUAUAUCGGGGCAAGAUUCAGCACGAGAUCUCCAGAUCUGGUGCCGUUAUGAAAGUGGCCAAACAAUGCUUCAUGGAAUUGCGCAGAGGGUUCGGUAUCGCAGCCUGCUCCAUCCUUACCGCAUUUUUCGCACAGGAUGCCGAUUUUUCAGAUACUGUGGCUCGCAAGGACUUUUCAAGGGCCAUGCUGAAACAUAACCGGUUUAUUUUCAGGGAUAAUUCAGGACUCAUUCCUAAGGACUGGACGGGCAUGUGGAGAUCUCCCUUCAUACUUCAGACAUUCGCAUCGCACCUCAAUUUCACUUUUGGCCGUGUUGAAGUCCCUGACCUCGACACCGAGAGCAUUAGUGCACGGUGUAGAGAUACAACAAUUGCUGGACAUUACACGAAGUAA